GGCUCCUCCUCCUCCCGCUGCUGCUCGCUGGCGCUCAGGCGCCGGCUCCGGCUCCUCCCGGCCGCCCGGGGCGAAGGCGACGUGAGGUUGUAAAAAUCCAUGUGGGUCCGCCCCAGGGCGAGCAUCCGAAAGAUCUCUCUGAUUGGAGUCAUUUUCUUGUACAGACUAUGAGUAAAAUGCAGUGAAAAUUCUGGCCAACAGUGGAAAUAUUGGCUUAAUCCUCAGCUUACUAUAGCAUUUCUUCUCCUCAGUAUCACCUCAUAAUAGAAGAAAAAUGUAUGGAAGUGCAAGAACAAUCACCAAUCUGGAGGGGAGCCCUUCCAGAUCUCCUCGUUUGCCAAGGUCUCCUCGUUUGGGCCACCGAAGAACAAGUAGUGGGGGAGGUGGAGGAACAGGCAAGACUCUGUCCAUGGAGAACAUCCAGUCCCUUAAUGCAGCCUAUGCUACAUCUGGGCCUAUGUACCUGAGUGAUCAUGAGGGGGUAGCUUCUACAACUUACCCAAAGGGUACCAUGACUCUGGGAAGGGCCACAAAUAGAGCUGUAUAUGGAGGUCGAGUCACAGCCAUGGGGAGUAGUCCCAAUAUUGCUUCUGCUGGACUUUCCCACACAGAUGUCCUUUCAUACACAGAUCAACAUGGUGGUCUGACCAGCUCAUCCCAUCAUCACCACCACCAGGUCCCCUCUAUGUUGAGGCAGGUAAGGGAUAGCACAAUGUUAGACCUUCAAGCCCAACUCAAGGAACUUCAGAGAGAGAAUGAUCUCCUUCGGAAAGAGCUAGACAUCAAGGACAGCAAAUUGGGAUCUUCCAUGAACAGUAUCAAGACCUUCUGGAGUCCUGAGCUCAAGAAGGAGAGAGUCUUAAGGAAGGAAGAAGCAGCCCGUAUGUCUGUCCUCAAGGAACAGAUGAGGGUUUCCCAUGAAGAAAAUCAGUUACUGGAUGCCAGAAGAACCAAGCACCUGCAAUUGACAAUCCAGGCCCUUCAGGAUGAGCUGCGAACCCAGAGAGACCUCAACCACCUCCUGCAGCAAGAGAGUGGCAAUCGAGGAGCUGAGCACUUCACCAUUGAGCUGACUGAGGAGAACUUCCGGCGCCUGCAAGCUGAGCAUGACAGACAGGCUAAGGAGCUGUUCCUAUUGAGGAAGACCUUGGAGGAAAUGGAGCUGAGAAUUGAAACACAGAAGCAGACCCUCAAUGCCCGAGAUGAGUCAAUUAAAAAGCUUCUUGAGAUGUUACAAAGUAAAGGCUUGCCGUCCAAAAGUCUUGAGGAUGACAAUGAACGGACGCGGCGGGUGGCAGAGGCUGAGUCUCAAGUUAGCCAUUUGGAGGUGAUUUUAGACCAGAAGGAGAAGGAAAACAUACAUCUUAGAGAGGAACUGCACCGAAGAAGCCAACUUCAGCCGGAGCCAGCCAAGACGAAGGCUCUCCAGACUGUCAUUGAAAUGAAGGACACAAAAAUUGCUUCAUUGGAGCGAAACAUAAGGGAUCUUGAGGAUGAGAUCCAGAUGUUAAAAGCCAAUGGUGUGCUGAACACUGAGGACCGUGAAGAAGAGAUCAAACAAAUAGAAGUUUACAAAAGUCACUCCAAGUUCAUGAAAACCAAGAUUGAUCAGCUGAAGCAGGAACUUUCAAAGAAGGAGUCAGAACUUCUUGCCUUACAAACAAAGCUUGAAACCCUUAGCAAUCAAAAUUCAGAUUGCAAGCAACACAUUGAAGUGCUUAAAGAGUCGCUUACUGCCAAAGAACAGAGGGCUGCCAUUCUUCAAACUGAGGUAGAUGCACUGAGAUUACGACUAGAAGAGAAAGAAUCUUUUCUCAAUAAAAAAACAAAACAGCUGCAGGACCUCACAGAAGAGAAGGGGACACUGGCGGGGGAGAUUCGUGACAUGAAGGAUAUGUUAGAAGUGAAGGAAAGAAAAAUCAAUGUUCUUCAGAAAAAGAUUGAAAACUUGCAAGAACAGCUUAGGGAUAAAGACAAACAAUUGACCAAUCUGAAAGACAGAGUGAAGUCCCUGCAGACAGAUUCCAGUAAUACAGACACUGCCCUGGCGACGCUGGAGGAGGCUCUGUCAGAGAAGGAAAGAAUAAUUGAACGUUUGAAAGAACAGCGAGAGAGAGAUGAUCGGGAAAGACUAGAAGAGAUAGAAUCUUUCCGAAAAGAGAAUAAAGACCUAAAGGAGAAGGUCAAUGCUUUACAAGCUGAACUGACUGAAAAAGAGUCUAGUUUAAUUGACCUCAAGGAACAUGCAUCUUCGUUAGCCUCAGCAGGGCUGAAAAGGGACUCUAAAUUAAAAUCUCUAGAAAUAGCCAUCGAACAAAAGAAAGAAGAAUGUAGCAAACUGGAGGCACAGUUAAAAAAGCAAGCUGAGCAGUUGUUCAAUCAGAUGUACAACCCAGCUCAUAAUAUUGAAGAUGACUCCAGGAUGAACCCCGAGUUUGCAGACCGAAUAAAACAACUUGAUAAAGAGGCAUCUUAUUACCGCGAUGAGUGUGGCAAGGCCCAAGCAGAAGUUGACCGGUUGCUGGAGAUCCUCAAGGAGGUGGAGAAUGAAAAGAAUGACAAAGACAAGAAGAUUGCAGAGCUCGAGAGCUUGACUUUCAGGCAUAUGAAGGAUCAGAAUAAGAAGGUGGCCAACCUUAAGCACAAUCAACAGUUGGAAAAAAAGAAGAAUGCCCAGUUAUUGGAAGAAGUCCGUAGGCGAGAAGAUAGCAUGGCUGACAACACACAGCACUUGCAGAUAGAGGAACUGAUGAAUGCAUUGGACAAGACCAGGCAGGAAUUGGAUGCCACCAAGGCACGUCUUGCCUCCACGCAGCAAUCCCUGGCUGAAAAGGAAGCUCAUUUGGCCAACCUCCGAAUAGAAAGAAGAAAACAGCUAGAGGAGAUCCUGGAGAUGAAACAGGAAGCAUUGCUUGCGGCAAUCAGUGAAAAAGAUGCAAACAUUGCCUUGCUGGAAUUGUCUGCCUCCAAAAAGAAAAAGACACAGGAAGAAGUCAUGGCCCUCAAGCGGGAGAAAGACCGACUGGUGCAUCAGUUAAAGCAGCAGGUUUAUAGACCUAGGAAACAGGCCCUGAGCUCGAAUAUACCAUGCACUUGUGAUGCUUGCUACAGCCCAGAUAUUACGGCCAAGUACCACGGGUCCAGCUACGAUGCAUACAUGAUCCAAAGGUCUCAGACCCAGAACAGAAUGAAGCUGAUGGCAGACAACUAUGACGAGGACCACCACCAUUACCACCACCACCACCAUCACCACCACCACCGAUCUCCUGGGAGGUCGCAACAUUCCAAUCACAGGCCCUCUCCCGACCAGGAUGACGAGGAGGGCAUAUGGGCAUAGCCGGGCCUGUAAACCAAAGUUCCAGUGUUGUUUUGAGGGAUGAUCCAGCUCUGUUGGAGGCACGGAGGCACAGUCAAAUCUCAUGCUGUACAUUGAUCACCUGUCCAACCUUUGCCUAGAGUGGGAGCCCCCAGUUCCUUCAAGAGAUCCAACUUUACC